CCUUUCAAGAAGUCAAGAUUCCGCUCCAAGGACUCUCGGCGGCCAUGGCGGUCCAACUUCUCCACCUGCUCCUGCUCGUCGUCUUUUUGCCCCUCUGCCUCGCCGAAACCUCAUCCUCCCUCUACCUCUCACCAUCCACAUUCCUCCCGGACUACCAGAAGAUGCUCAAAUCCUUCAAGAUCUUCGCUUACCCCACCCCUCCGAAGGACCCCGCCGCCCUCGUCGAAGCCUCCUCCGCCGCGGCCCUCUUCGAUGCCUCCCUUCUCCGGAGCCCCUUCCUCACCUCCGACCCCCAUCGCGCCCACCUCUUCUACCUUUCCUUCCCCUCGGAGGAACCCCGCUCCGUUGCAAGAUUCCUUCGCGCCAUCCGCUCCAAGUACCCCUUCUGGAACCGCACCCUCGGCGCGGACCACUUCUUCCUUGCCAUCGACGGCCUCGGCAUCGAAUCGGACCGCAACCUGGUCGAGCUCAAGAAGAACUCCAUCCAGAUUUCCCCCUUCCCCACGGCCCAAGGCCGCUUUGUCCCUCACAAGGACCUCACACUCCCUUCCCUUAUGUUUCAGCUCGCCAACCUCCCGAUCCCCAGCGCCAAACCCUCCAAAUUCUUCGCUUUCUACGAUGGUGCCACCCGGAGCCCGGCGAUCUCCCAGUUUCUUGACGAGUUGCGCGGGAUCCCGGAUUUCUUGAUCAGCUCUUGGCCGUCGGAUCCCGUGAGCCGCCUGCGGACGAUGUCCGUCAGUAGGUUCUGCUUGUUCUACUACGACCGUGAUCGCCCGCGUCGCAAUCUCGCGAUCGGGGACGCGCUGGCAAUGGGAUGCGUGCCAGUGGUGAUAUCCGGCAGUCCGAUCCUCGACCUGCCGUUCUCCGACGUGCUGCGGUGGACCGAUAUCGCCCUCUUCGUGGGGCUCCACGGCGGCGCUGGCGAGGUGAGGCGGGCGAUGAAUCGCACGUGCGGGGAGACGUACGAACGGAUGAGGGCGGCCGGCGGCAAGGCUAGCAUCCAUUUCAACUGGAGCACUGGGCCACGUCCGUUUGAUCUCUUCCACACGGUGAUAUACCAGCUCUGGCUGCGGCGGCAUACUAUCAGAUACGGGCGCUACAACGAACUUUAGUAGUAGGAUCGUGGACUUUAUCUGAAUAAAUCUCAAUUAGGGUUAAACAUGCACCUUCAUUGCAUCUGUUGUGCACCGCUGCGGAUUUCAGAUUGGGCUCUUUACAUCCACUCAUUUAACUUAUGUCCGGGAACACGGGACAAAACUAGUGAUGAUAUACCUUGUGAACCUAUUUCCUGUUCCUUGCUUUGCUUGCAUUCAAAAUAUGUUCAGUGGAGCCGUUUUAGCUUUUAGCUUGCGUGGAUUGAAUGGAGAUUGGAGAUGUCUCAGAAGCCUUGCAUCUGGUGUUCAACAUUCCAUCCCGAUUACUCUGCUCCACUAUUCCUAUGUCAGAUGCUUUUGUGGAACUGGUUAUGGAACCGGAGGCAGUGGAGGGGAUGCAGAUAUCUUCUUUGUUGCAGAUAUAGGAUGCUUUUGUGGAACUGGUUAUGGAACCGGAGGCAGUGGAGGGGAUGCAGAUAUCUUCUUUGUUGUUUUCUUUCUUUCUGUUGGUCCAUCUGUCCUCCUUGUCUUGUCUUCUCUGGUCUAGGGUUCUUUUUCUUCUUUGGUUAAAAAACAAUAGACAGAGAAAAAGGGUCGAUGGCAAGGCCCAGCAGCAUGGUAGGAGGAGGAGGAGGAGGUCAGCUGGUGGGGAACUACAUGAUCAGUUGGUGGAUCAGGUUGGGGGUGUUUUUGGAGGUGUGGUUGGGACGGCAUUGGGUGUGGGGGACGGAGGUGGCCAUCAUGGGGAUUGUCAUGCAGCACAUGGACAAGAAGCUCCAGGACAGCCUCCUCUCCAAUGUCUUCUUCCUCCAAAAGAUCAACUGCCCCAACAUUAUCACCCUUCACGACUUCAUCCAGGUUGGUUUUCUUCUUCUUUGCAGUUUAUAUGGAAUUGCAACAUUUGGUAGGAGUGGGGGAAUUUAGAAUGUAGUGGCCUUCCUAAUGUAUCUAUCAUCUGCAUUUUUAAGGGGCUUUCUGGUUGCCUUACCAGCUUGGCCAUGUGAUUAGUGUGAAUUGAGAAUGAGAUGACUUUGAAAUCCCAUGGGCCAAAUCAGUAGAUUCCAAGAAUUUGUGAUACAGAAAUCACCUUGUCAGAUGGUUGCUGGUUUCCCAAAAAUUCUUGCCUGGGGAGUGAUGGCUACCAUCAUGCAUCAUUGAGAGAUAUAGAGCUCUCUAUUUAUUCACCAUUUGUGAUGAUGAGAAAAAAACGACGAGAGGUUGGUGAUUUUGCAUCAUGAUGAACUGAGCAUGGCUGGCUGGUUGUUUUUUCCUUUUUAUAUUUAACAAAUAAGAGAAAAGGAUGGUUGGUAAUGUUGUUGGCUGAGGAUGGAAUAUUAGUGACUGAAAAAUGGAGCAGGGAUUUGUGAAGUCAGGAAAUGUACUAUAUUAAUUUUGGUACCUCAGCAUUUAUAAAAUAUAUAAAUGCCAGAACAAAUAUAUAAAUUAAAGUGAACGCUAUUGAUGAUUGUGCCCAGACAAGCUUACAAUUAGUGGUCCAUUUUAAACAUUUUAACCCCUUAGAUUUGUAGUUGGUAAACUGUCGAUCAAUAUACAAAGGUUUAGUUGGUUUAGGAAUAGCAAUGUAGAGAUAAUGUGGGGGAUAAGGAUCCAAAAUGAGACUAAUUGAUGUGUUUGUUUCAUGGAGACAACACCUUAGGUUUUGCAGGUAUGGAGGAUGAACAGAUUGUUGAGGAUGCCUUCAAUUUGAAUGACAUUUAAUGAGUAAUAUAAAGAUGCCCCUUUGGAAUAUUUUGUAAUUGUUACAUGUUGGUGAUACUUCAGCAACCAAAAGAAAGUGUUAUUUAGACUAAAAAUGGGAGCUUAAGCAGUGAGAGUAAUGGAUAUACAUAGGAACUCUCAGUAGAGAUGAGAUUGCUGAGAGUUGAAUUGUGUACCUAGAGAUGAGAUUGUUGAGAUUUGAAUUGUGUAUUCCCCAUGAUGCACGGUAGUGGCAGUGGCAGUGGCAGGGAUCAAGGUGAUGGAGAACCAAAUAAGAUGGCGUGCUUGUAUGCAGCAAAAACCAAAGAUGGCUCUAUUACAUAGGGAUGGAUACAUAUUGAGAAAUUACAAUGAGAAAAGAAGACAUUAGACAGGCUGUUGGUUUUUAUAAUGCUCUCUAUUGAUGUCUAAAUUACAGUAUUUAAUCUUGAUUAGCUGAGAAAGUGCAUAUUAGCUGUGGAUUUUUCCUUUAAUUAGAGCAAUUCAUAGAGAGGAAGAGUGUUUCUUAUAUCAUAAUAAUCUUGUUAAUGAUUGUAUUCAUUUAUAUAUUUGCCCAUCUCAUUAUCCUAGGCCUCAGAGGUGGUAAUCCAUCCAAGUAUGUAUAGCAUCAUGGAAGUGUUCUGGAAGCUACUAUAUACACUUAGCUUGAGUUUCGGAAAUAUUAGAUAUCUGUGGACAUAUGUUUUUAUGUUGCAUUCUACUUGCCAAAAUUCUAGCUUCUCUUUUUCUGUACUGCUGUGUUCUUCUACAGCUGCUGCUUUGCAGGUCUUCAUCGAGAUCUAAAGCCACAGGUUUAUUCUACCCUUUUGCACUGCAUAUUUCUGGUUGUUGAUCUCUAAUUUCCAUCUAUUAAUACUCUGGGGCAACCUAGUCUAUUCAAAUACAAAGUAUGAGAAUUUCUGGAAGGUUGCAUUUAUGUCUUGAUUCUUUGUAGCAUACAAGUUACUGUACGUUUUCUUGUAAGGUGUUUUCUAGUUCAGAAGAAAAGGUUUUGUUCAUUGGAUGCUUGCUUUCUGAUUAUCAUGUUGAUAAAAGGGCUGCACUGGUUGGGUACACAUUACAGUUCUUUUACAAUAUUAAUAUUUACAAUAUCAAUUUUAGAUAUGCUGCAUCUAUGUCAAAAUAAUUUGGAAGUUUGCAUUUUCAUGUAAUUGCAUGAAUCUGCAGUGACAUUGCAGGACAGGUGAUAGAAUAUUCUUUCUAAUUAGAGCCAUCAAAAUGGGCCAUGGGCUGCGGGCCGCCCCGUUUAGGCCCUUAAAAUAGUAGGGCCGGGCUAGUAUUUUGGCAGCCCAUUUAACAAAAGGGCUUUUCAACCCGGCCCAUUUAUAGCCCGACCCAUGAAGGGCUGGGCCGUCUAGCCCGUGGGCCGGCCCGUCUAUUAAAAAAAAAAAGAGGCACAAUUUUGGUGUAGAUUUAGUUUUAUUUGUUCUUGAUGCCUUUUGUUCUUCUUCUUGUUCAUCUUUCUCACAUACUAAUAGUAAACAUCUCCCUCGAAUUCACUGAAUAGACACAACCAAGAGAUAAGUUUAUUUUUGUUGUGUCUUUUGUGUUUCUCUGUAUGUCUUUUUGAUGGAAGUGUUUUUCUGCAUGUCAUAUGAAAAUAAAAUAUAAAGGUCAUGCUGGACCUUUCUUUUUGUUGGGCUUGUCUAUGCAUUUGUAGGAAGAAUUUGAAGGUAUUGCACAAUAAAAAUUCUCCAUUUCAAGCGUCAAUGGCAUGUUUACACUGCAUUCUUUGGUAUAAAUAGUAACAACUAGAUAUAUUGAUAAAGCGAAAAGUUAAGAUUGCAAAUCUUCUCUACACAGAUCUGGUAUAUAGCCCAAGUAAUAACCGUUCUGCCCAUCUUUAUAACUUUUUGAUGAGUCAUGCAAUUUUAUCUGGUUCUGUCUUGUCGUACAGUUUAUUAAGUGCAGUAACUUGAGCUUGUAUAUUUUUUGGAUUUUUAUAGCCAGCAUAUAGAGAUAUUCAUUGAAACAAUCAUACUCAAUCUUAACGCUCUGCUUCUGAUUGUCAGGGGUGUUUUUAUCUGUCUUCUAAUACUUGCUACCAGAUCAUUAAUGGACUAGAAUGCGUGGUUGAGGCAUCACCUUUGGCCAGAUAUAUCCCUCCUGUUGCAAUGGCUUUCACAGUAUGUGUCUGUUUUGCAAACAGCAUUUAUGGGGGAAUGCAAGUUGUUGAUUGGGCUAG